AAUGCCAAGUAACGGAGAUGUUAAUGCUCUAAGCCUGCCCGAAGUAUUAGAGGCUGCAAGGAUUGAGCUUGGAGAGGACAAAAAGCAGAUGGAGGAGGGGGUGAAAAUGUUGAGAGAAUGGAUCAAGAAGAGUCCUCACCUACAUUCAAUUAAGCAAGAUGAUACAACUUUGGAAAUGUUCUUCAGAGGGUGUAAAUAUAGCCUGGAGCGAACCAAGGAAAAAUUAGACUUCUUCAAUACAGUCCGUGGAAAUCUGCCAGAAUGGUUCGAUUCAUGGGAUCCAAGGAUACCUGUACUCAAGGAUAUCAUUGAUGCAGGAAUAUAUCUGCCACUACGAGGCUAUGACAAGGACGGAAGGUUUGUUGUCCUCAUGAGGAACGGAUCAAGUAAUCCGAAAACUAUGAAGCUUGAGGACACCUUCAAGGUGAGUACUAUGAUUAUAGAGCUAGCGAUGCGAACCAAUAUCCAAGCUCAAGUUAAGGGAUUUGUCCUUAUACAGGAUAUGGCAGGAAUGACAGCUCAGCAUGCAGUUCAAUUUAAUCCAGUCAUUGCGAAGAAAGCUAUGACUGUAUGGCAGGAUGCGUACCCUGCUAAGCCAAAGGCCCUACACUUCCUGAAUAUGCCUGGAGCUAUGGAGAGUAUUUUCAGCAUGGUUCAGAGCUUACAGAAACAGAAGAUGAAGGAGAGAAAUCAUGUUCAUUCUAAGGGGAGCUUAGAAAAGCUUCAUCAGCAUCUUGGAACUGAGGUCUUGCCUAAGGAAUACGGAGGAAGCAAUGGUUCGGUAGAAGAACUAGUAGAUUACUGGAAGAGGGAGGUAGAGCAGAAUAGGGAUUGGUUGAUGGAGCAACCGAGGUACAAGUCAGAUGAGAAAAAACGACCUGGAAAACCUAAACUGCAUGCGGAUAUUUUCGGUAUAGAAGGUUCAUUCAGGAAACUAGAGAUCGAUUAAGUUAUUUAUUUAAAGGAACUGUAAACGUCAUUACACGUGACUCUGCUAAUCCCCGAUUCACAAUAGUACCCUUAAAAGCUUUGUCUGAUCAAGUAUCAGUUAGCUAUCAAUGUUUAUAAUAAUAAAAAUAUUCUUUUCCGUAAAUCUUUGUAUUAACCAGUUUUUUUGCACAAAUCUUUGAACUAAACAGUUGUGCUGCACAAAUCUUUCAAAUAAAUAGUUGUUCUGCACAAAUCUUUAAAAAAACAAAUAUGCUCAACAAGCAUCUAUAUUAAUCAGUUGUGCAGUAAAAUCUUUGAACUAAAUAGUUUUUCUGCACAAAUCUUUGAACUAAACAGAUGUUCUGCACAAAUUUUAUAGAAUAAACUGUUCUACUGAAA